GUGUGCCGCAGAGGCUGAGCGAGAGCGGGCGGGGAGUAACUUUGUUCUUAACUUGGACAAGAGCAAAACGGGAGUCCGGGAGGACCGGGUGGAGAAGGUCUCGGUUGCGGCGGGGAUGUAGAAGAGACGGGGGGGAUUCAUGCGGGCUCUGGAAGCUGCUUGUUGUGGAUUUACGUGCGGACAAUGAGGGUCUGUGAGCGCUGCCUGCAGGAGGAGCCGUAACACAAUCCCAGAGUCGGUAAUGGUCUUUUGCACAGACGAGUGAGAUGCAAAGACGGAUCAGUGAUUAUCAAAGAGAACAUCAUCCAUUAACAUCUUCUGAUAGCAGGGCAGGACUACACGGCCGAUUCCACCGAGAUCCGAUGGGCUGCGCAAAAUCGCAGGCUUCACGUCAGAUGCGACGGAAAUAAGGUUUCACUGGUUAGAAGCACUGCUUGGAUGGCCUGAAAAAUCUGGAUUCGUAAUCCCCGGAAAGGAAGUCUUUCUGGAACACACAAAUAAAAUGAAGACCGCAGCUGUUGCAUUCCAUGCAAAUUACUAAGAGAAAACACUGUUUUUCCUUCCAUCUAUCUUAACUUUUACAGAUCUCAUGAAACCAGGGCAAUUUCUGGAGUGUUUUCUCCAGGAGAAAAUUAUCCUUGUAGAGAACAAACAUGGGCGUGUUUUAUUCUGGAGGAUUUUAAGUUCAAGCCUAUUUUCAGAUCAUGACCAGUUUGAAAAGGUCCCAGACUGAGAGGUCAGUUGCAAGUGGAAUCCAAACUGCUCUACCAGAUGGACCACAAAAAGCUCGUUCAGAUGACUUUUAUAUGAGGCGUUUUAGGUCACAGAAUGGUAGCUUAGGUUCAUCUGCAAUGUCUCCUGUUGGGCCACCGCGCAGUGAAAGUUCCCAUCAUAUAUCGGCUACUCCUGGUGUUCCUAAGAUGGGGGUAAGGGCAAGAAUUGCAGAUUGGCCACCUAGGAAAGAAAAUGUGAAAGAAGUGAGCAGGACUAGUCAGGAUGCUGAAACAGCAAGUAUUGAUAAUGUGUCUGUUAAAAGUAGUCCUAGUAGUCAAGUUAGCAUGUCAAGCAUGAAUUCUAGUGAUUCUGCUAUGCUAAAGAGUAUCCAGAAUACCCUCAAAAGCAAAACCAGACAGGCUGAAAGCUUAGACUCAAGGUUUCUUUCCCCUGAAGGUUUUUCCAGCGCCAGCUCUCCAAGAAAAGUUAUUCGCAGGAUAAGACAACGGAGUAACAGUGACAUUACCAUAAGUGAAUUUGAUAUGGACAAUUUUGAAGAGUGUAUGUCACCAACAUUUAAAACAGGCCCUUCAUUACAUAGAGAGUAUGGUAGUACCUCAUCAAUUGAUAAGCAGGGGACUUCAGGGGAGAGUUUCUUUGACUUAUUAAAGGGAUACAGAAUUGAGAAAUCUGAUCACCGUGGCCACGGACCAUCAAAGCUGAGUGAACUACUUUUAAGUAGUGGAAACAGAGGAUCUGGCUUUUCAUUGGAUGUUAUAGAUGGUCAGAGGGAAGGGCAUAGGGCUUUCAAGGAUAGAGACAAACCACUUAAAAGACGUUCCAAAUCAGAGACUGGAGACUCUUCCAUUUUUCGCAAGCUGCGUAAUGCCAAAGGUGAAGGAGAAUUAGGAAAGUCUUCAGAUAUAGAAGAUAGCCGUUCUGAUGAUAGCCUCAGACCUUGGACCUGUCCCAAAUGUUUUGCACAUUAUGAUAUUCAGAGUGUUCUGUUUGAUUUGAAUGAAAUUGUCCUGAAUAGACAAAACGUCAUCAAAAGAAAAAAUACAACAACGGGUGCUUCUGCUGCUGCUGCCGCCGCCUCUCUUGCUGCUGGACCAUUAUCACACUCCUCAAGUUUUAACUCUCCAACAGGCAGUACAGAGGAUUUAAACCCAAAAGAAUCCAUGGACCAAGGAGAUGACAAAAGCAAUGACUUAGUGUUGAGCUGCCCUUACUUUCGGAAUGAAAUGGGUGGAGAGGCAGAAAAGAAGGUCAGCUUGACAAAAUCAAACUCUGGUUCCUUUUCUGGGUGUGAAAAUUCUUCUUUUGAAUCUACGAUGAGUACACAUUGUGCAAAUGCUGGUUUGGCUGUGCUGGAGGUUCCCAAGGAAAACCUAGUUCUGCACAUUGACAGAGCAAAAAGAUACAUUGUUGAGCAUGUUGAUCUUGGUGCUUACUAUUUUCGGAAGUAUUUCUAUCAAAAAGAGCACUGGAAUUACUUUGGCUCAGAUGAGAAUCUAGGCCCAGUUGCUUUAAGUGUGAGGAGAGAGAAGUUGGAAGAUGCUAAAGAAAAUGGGCCGCAGUACAACUACCGUGUAAUCUUCAGAUCCAGCGAGCUUAUGACAUUACGAGGAUCUGUGCUUGAGGAUGCUGUCCCAUCCACUGCAAAACACGGCACGGCUCGAGGAUUGCCCCUCAAAGAAGUACUUGAGCACAUUGUUCCAGAGCUGAAUGUUCAGUGUCUUAGACUGGCCUUCAACACACCAAAAGUGACGGAGCAACUGCUGAAGCUGGAUGAGCAAGGGCUAAGCUACCAGCUGAAAGUGGGCAUCAUGUACUGCAAAGCUGGCCAGAGUACAGAGGAGGAAAUGUACAAUAAUGAGUCAGCAGGACCAGCCUUUGAAGAAUUCCUUCAACUUCUGGGAGAACGGGUGCGACUUAAGGGAUUUGAAAAGUAUAGAGCUCAGCUGGAUACCAAAACUGAUUCAACUGGUACCCACUCACUUUAUACAACAUACAAGGAUUAUGAGAUUAUGUUCCAUGUAUCUUCUAUGUUGCCAUAUACUCCAAACAACAAGCAACAGCUGCUGAGAAAGCGCCACAUUGGCAACGAUAUUGUGACAAUAGUGUUUCAAGAGCCAGGAGCACUGCCGUUCAGCCCGAAGAACAUCCGCUCUCAUUUUCAGCACGUCUUCGUUAUCGUGAGAGCCCACAACCCUUGCACUGACUCUGUUUGCUACAGUGUGGCUGUUACACAAUCCAGAGAUGUCCCUGGCUUUGGACCACCUAUCCCAAAAAGCUUUAACUUCCCUAAAUCCACAGUAUUCAGGGACUUCCUGUUAGCAAAAGUCAUUAACGCUGAGAACGCAGCUCACAAGUCUGAAAAAUUCUUGGCCAUGGCUACAAGGACCCAUCAGGAAUACCUGAAAGACCUUGUUGAAAAAAAUGUCACCAACACUUCUAUAGACUCUUCUGGAAAGUUCCCUUUUAUCUCUUUAGCAUCAAAGAAAAAAGAAAAGUCUAAACCAUAUCCUUGGGCUGAACUUUACAGUAAUGGUGCCGUAGUGUGGAAUGUCCAAGUGGAAGACUUCAGCAAUGCAUUGGAGAUAGAGUGCUUUUUGUGUAUUUCUAAUGAAAUACUGGCACUGAUUGACCAUGAAACAAAAAGCGUCAUUUUUAACUGUUCUAGUCGGGAUGUUAUAGGCUGGACCUCCAAUAACACAACGAUUAAGAUCUUUUAUGAGCGAGGCGAGUGUAUUUUCGUAAGGAGUUUAAACAAUAACACCGAAGACAUCAAGGAAAUUGUCAAAAGACUGGAGAUUAUUACUAAAGGGUGUGAAACAGUUGAGAUGACUCUGAGAAGAAAUGGCUUGGGACAGCUUGGCUUCCAUGUAAAUUAUGAAGGAAUCGUCGCAGAGGUGGAACCUUAUGGCUAUGCCUGGCAAGCUGGAUUAAGACAAGGAAGUAGACUGGUGGAGAUCUGCAAAGUUGCUGUUGCCACACUAAGUCAUGAGCAAAUGAUUGACCUUCUCAGAACGUCCGUGACUGUAAAGGUGAUCAUCAUCCCACCACAUGAAGAUGGAAUUCCCCGCAGGGGUUGCUCGGAAACAUUUCGCAUACCAACAGUAGAGUAUAAAAUGAAUGAAAUGAUUUCCUAUGAGCUGAAAUUUCCAUUCCGAAACAACAACAAAUGGCAGAGGAAUGCAGCAAAGGGAGAGAGUGCACAGUUGCGACAAGUUCCCUCGCAGUUGCAGAGUCCCGUUUCUUCUAGAGUGUCUUCUGUAAAAGGAGAUGGCAAAAUGCAAACACAAGAGCGUGGCGCAAAUAUUCCACGCAGCAUCUCCAGUGAUGGCCGUCCGUUGGAGAAUAAGAGGCUUUCUCCAGGUUCAGAGAUCUAUGUCACGGUUUCCUCCGUUGCUAUUAACCGAUCUCAGCCAUGCCGCAACUCUCCCAGUAACCUUUCAUCAUCUAGCGACACAGGGUCUGCUGGAGGCUCUCACCGUAGACAAAAAUCAAUGCCGGAUGGUUUUGGAGUUGGUCGUAGAUCACCUGCUUCACUUGACAGGCAAAGCACUCAAACUGAUACAGUAGGCAGUGGCAAGUCAACUCCUAGUUGGCAGAGAAGUGAGGAUGGAGCUCCUGAACAAAUCGAACCAACUUGUCAUCUUCCUGCUGUCUCGAAAAUACAUCCGUCAUACAGAGACAGCCCGACUGGACGACUCAUUCGACAGGACCCCGUUCUUCAUCUCUCUCCCCACAAGCAGGGACAGACUGAUAGCCACUACUCUAGCCAUUCCAGCACCAAUACUCUUUCCAGUAAUGCAUCAAGUGCACACAGUGAUGAAAAAUGGUAUGACAGUGGAGACCGUUUAGAUUCCGACAUAAACAGUUACACCUACAUUCAAGGAACAUCUGCUGACAGUGGAAUAGACACCACCUCAUAUGCCAUCAACCAUGUUAACGCCGCCUCUCACAGCAACUCUUCAACCUCACCACGUUCUGGUCCUCCAAAGGAAAAAGUAGCCCCUCUGUGGCAUAGUGUCAGUGAUGUUGGCUUAAUCUCUGAUAGGACUUGUGACAGAGACUCACAUGCAUUAGAUGUUAAGCGGGAGUCCCCUGUGGCUAUGGACAGUCACACGAAGAGUCAGAUUGGCUCCAAACCCUUAACAAGAGAGAACAGUGCCUACAGCCUCAGUGAUGCAGCCUCUCACACAAGCACCAUGAGUUCUCGGCACUCAGCGAGUCCUGUUAUUUUCACUAGUGCCAGAAGUUCCCCCAAGGAAGAGUCCCAUUCUUCUACUUCCCCACAACUUGCACCUUCUUUCUCCUCCUCUUCCUCCUCCUCCUCUGGUCCUAGAACUUUCUACCCUCGUCAGGGUGCUACCAGCAAGUACCUGAUUGGAUGGAAAAAACCUGAAGGGACAAUAAACUCUGUGGGCUUUAUGGAUUCAAGAAAACACCACCACAUUGAUUGUAAUGACAUGCCUCCACCAAGACUCCGUGCAUCAAUCAGAGAUCUACAGGCAUCCCCACAGAGGGUGUCUACUGUGCAGGAGGAGCUUAAGAAACUCAUAGAAUUAGACAUCCCACUAAGUGGAUCAGAAAAUACAUUAAAGACACCGUUUCCCACAACUCCAACUACCAGACGAUCCCUGCACAGGACACUAUCAGAUGAAAGCAUUUAUAGCGGGCAGCGAGACAUGCUGUAUGUCAAUUCAAGGGCUUCACUUCUGGAUCAAGCGCUUCCUAAUGAUGUCCUCUUCAGUAGCACCUACCCAUCUUUGAACAAGUCAAUAUCAUUACGGAGACCUUCAUAUACUCUAGGAGUGAAAUCAGUACAUGGUGAGUUUUCUGCUUCUGAUACUUCCCUCACUGACAUCCAUGAUCAAAGGAGGCAAGCCAUGCCUGAUCCUGGCCUCAUGCCCCUCCCAGAUGCUGCCUCAGACCUUGAAUGGUCAAAUCUGGUAGAUGCCGCAAAAGCAUUUGAGGUUCAAAGAGCCACAUUCUUUACUAGUCCCGAUGAAGACCAUAGACCUGGGAGCACUGAAUCCUUGGGUGACCAAACAGAAAGCCAGUCUGCAUCCCAAGCCAACACAUACUUUGGUUGCCUUGAAGGUGAUCAUUGUGGUCUUCAUUCAUUUGACAGGAAAGAUUCUCCUACAACGCUUGCCUCCAAAGUGGAACAGCUAGAAAGCAUGCUCAAAAUGCUCCAGUAUGAUUUGAAAAAGGAAAGAGAAGAUAAAACCAACCUUCAGGCUGAAGUGCAACUUUUACGAGAGGACAAUAUGCGCUUGCAAGAGGAAUCCCAAAACGCUUCGGCCAAGCUGAAAAAAUUUACCGAAUGGGUUUUCAACACCAUAGAUAUGAGCUAAGGGCAGGUUUGAUCAUAAGCAAGCCCAUCACUUCUCCAUAACUUAGCACUCUAGCUUUAACUGCUCCUGGAUCAAAAUGUACACAUAACUGAGAGCCACAACCUCUAUUUAUCUGUAUGGUUUCAGCAACACAUAAAUGCAGCUUCUUUUGAUAACUACAGAAAGCAGUACAAUUGCCAUGUUUGGCUGCAUUUCAAGCACUAAUUGCAAUGAGUGUAGCCAACCCUGUGCAGAAAUGUUUCAUUUUACCUGGUUUAUAUCACUUCAUAUUAUAUUAACCUAAGAAAACGACAAAAAAUAAGGAUGAUUUAAAGGAAAAUUGUGCAUUAAAAGAUACUUCUUAUCAAAGAUCCACAAAUCUUGGAUUUUGAUAUUUUUCUCCCAUUAGAGAUGUUUUAACAGUUCAUUUUUCAAUUGCUUUAUGACAGUGUUCCCCUCUGCUAAUGGGCAGCAAUAAUAGGUAUUUUUUUUAUAAGUCAAGUAUUGAACAGUCCUGUAUCAUCUUAUUGAUCUUCUGUAGUCCCGAUGUUAAAGUUUACAGAAGAUGAGGCCUACAGAUUGAGAAUGGAUAUCUGUGAGCGACCUUUAGCAUUUACUUUUAGGCGUCAUUAUUUUACUAUGCUUAUGGUACUAUGGUCUGUAGCAAGUGCCAGGGUAUGUGGCUUCCUUGCUUUGUCUAUAAAGGAAGCCUGUCUGGAUAAGACAAUGCACACAGGGCCCUGAUAUUCCAAACUUGCUGUUGAAUACAAUACCAACACUGGUGAAACCUAGAUUCUUCUUCUUCUUUUUUUUUGUCUUGCUUUAAUUUUCUGGUGUAUUACACAGAGCACUAAUAUGUUAUAUGCAUAUUAAAUCACAGUUUCCUUUUUAUUUUUUAUUUUUUUUACGCAGUCACAAAAAGUAUAACCUAAUUCUUUAAACCAAGUUGUGGGUUUGAAUAUUGCAGUCUCGUAUGACAUUGUUCCUUCUGCUUAUAAAUUCUACAUUGAAUAGUGUAAAAAUGUAUUUUAGUAAUUUGAUAUUACUGCUGCAUAACAUGAUUUUAAGGGAUGAUAUGUUGCUACAUAGCCUGAAAGGGGGCAUUGUUUUAAUAUAUUGCAAAAGAGGGUAUUACUUUGGAUGUAGUAGUUACUAGAUAUAUACUAAAACGAUUCAAUGUAUAACUAUUUCUAAAGACAUUAUUUAAGUGCAUUAUAAACCCUAUAUACUACAACAAACACAGAUUUCGGGAACUACAGUUCUCAGUGAGUGGCUCAGACCCGAGGACUUGGCUCACACGACUGUCUCUUCUAAUAAACCACAUUCGUUUGCCCACAUGCAUUUUUAUUUUACAGCUGGACAAUGCGAAACACAAAACACACAAAAACAGUUUGAAAUCUGCCUAAAUUUUGAGAACUGCUCAUUAUAUUUGCUAUGAGAAUCUAUGUAGGCAAAGAGAUAUUUAUAUUUUGUAAGAAAAUUUUUCAGUGUGUUAUGCUUCGUCAGUAAAGUUUGUGACACUGAAAAAAAAUCAAUAAAUUGGAUUUUUUUCCUUUACAAUGUUUGAAAUGUUUCUAAUGGUCAAGUGGCAUGUACAGAAAUAACCUAUUUCCCUUACACAGCAGUUUGAAAAGCUUGCAGUCCGAUGGUUAUUCCCCCCCCUUUCGGGAUCAUUUGUAGAAAUGCUAUAAUGCUGAAACAAAGAGUGUUUUAGUGUCUUUUUUUAAUAACUGUAUGAAGGAGAUUUAUAUUCUAAUGCUUGAUAUCAUUUGUAAAUUGAAUCUUUUGCAAGGCUCUCUCUAGAGUACUCUAAUGUCUUGCUCUGAGUUCCUAUUUUGAACAGGGAGUUGUUAAAGGCAGGCUAUUUAUUAGAAUUUUACAGCAAAUUCUUUUACCAGAGUCUCCAGAGAAAACUUGUAAAAUGACAACAAUAAAACUGCUUUUAAAUUA